CAGUCGACGUAUCAUGCUGUGUGGGGGCGCUCUUGAACAUGUACGGGGGCGGGGCACUAAAGGGAUUUAAGGAGAUGCUGUGCUUGCCGCUGCAGAGUCGACCGGGAGCGUUGGCGCAGGUGAGUCGAAGUGACCAGGACUGUGCUCGUUCCGCCGUCCACGUGGAGGUCACGGAAGGCUUAGGUUCCCCAGUUCUGAUUAGAGUCCACUUCGCAACGAGUCUUACAGUAUCUGCUAUCAGACAAAGUCUGAUGCCUCCUCGCGCACGUGAUCUCAACCAGCGGACAGCUCGAUUCCCGCAAGCUAUGCAAGGCGUCCGUCUGACGGUCCCGUUCUCCAUCUUGGACAGCUCCUUCGGACAUCGAUCGUCGCUCAGCUGCUACUUGGACGGCAGUCUUCUCGGAUGGGUCUCGGGGAACAAGUGGAGAAGCCAGUCCCGUCGACUUUGCGGUGCGGACCCAGGCCCCGUUACGGUCCCGCUCCGCGGAGAGCCACCUCUUUCGGAAGGGGAAGCUGUGUCCCACAUGCAACGACGUGGCAACCCAACAGGAUCAGAUCUGAGGCUGCCAGGUGACGUAGACGUGUCAACGGCUUUAAAGACUUAGCCUUCUGUCUUCGCCUGGACCUACUUUGGGAGCCCCCAGAGGGCGUUAUCUUGUACGUUCCUGACUAGCUCUGAACAUCUCUGUCCAUCGAACCAAACAUUGGAAGUUACAAUAAUACAACAAAUGAAAUCAUGACAAUAAAAAUUCACAGACGUUACACACGAUCAUAAUUAAACGAUA